AUGAUCAACCAUCCAAAGAGCACAAACACGAACUUCUCGAACGAUUUUGCUGUUCUCGUACUCGAGAAACCCAGUUCGUUCAAAUCUGUGGCGCUCGCAGCUUUGGACGAUCCCGACCUUAAGGUCGGAGAGUCAGCGGCAAAAAUCGGCUGGGACGACACAGGAGGUGAAGGAACCAUGGCUUAUGAACCGACGAGAGAAGAUGUGCAGUUAAUGAGCAACGAUAAUUGCUUGGAUGGCAUGAACGUAGAUGACACAAUGCUAUGUUCGCGGGGUAUUCCUAACGUGGCAUCUUGUACGGGUGCCUACAGUGGUUCUCUGGUGGUAGAGCGUCCUAGUGGUGAUGUGUUGGUUGGUGUGCUUAGUUGGGGUGAUGAUUGUGUGUAG